CAUUGGGUACUUUCCUUUUUUUGUUCCUAUCUCUGGGCCGGAAAAUAGGUACCUUGUCCUCGUGAUAUCAGGGAUGGCCUAUCUUUAAGCGCAAUUUCUAUUUUUGCCUCUUGGUAUGACCGGCACGCUAGCUUCGACUCUCACAGACUCUCACGCAACUGCUAUUUCUGCCUCCUCUACUGCGGUUUUCUAUUUUUACCGUCUGUGAGGCACAAAUGAGUCCGUUUACUUGCAUAUAUAAAAAUUCGGGUAUGAGUAAGUCUUUUUCUCGCUGUCCCCCAUGAUGAGCUCCGAGUCAGUCCUUGUCACUCGUCAACUGGAUCCCACGCUCUACGAACUGGCAGGAAACGAAACUGCGUUCUUUAAGGUUAAAACUGGAAUAGAAGAUGAUGCUGCACUCAAGAACCAUAUUCUUACUAUCCAGGAGGAAGCGUACAAGGUGUUCCCUUAUCCGUGCAUUCGCCGUUUCGCCUUUACCAGGUUAAAGAUUUCGAGGCAGCCGUGCUAUCAACAGUUCUUGAACCUCGGAAAAGAUCGAAAGGGAGCAAUCUAUGCAGACAUUGGAUGUUGCUUCGGUAAUGACCCCAGAAAGGCGGUCGCAGACGGCUAUCCUGUAGAACAGGUCAUAGCUUCCGAUUUGCAUCCUGAAUUUUGGGAACUCGGACAUAGACUCUUCAAGAGCACAGCUGAGACUUUCCCAGCGCGCUUCAUCCCUGCAGACAUCUUUCAGUUGAAAGGUCUAACGAGGGAAGGCGGAAUCCCCGUCCCGGAGCUCCCCAAAGUACAGUCUUUAGCUGAACUGCGAGGAAAUAUCUCCGCCAUCCAUACUUCGUCGUUUUUCCAUCUCUUCGAUGAAGAGAGGCAAUACGAAGUCGCAAAGAUCAUGGCGGCACUCCUGUCAUCCGAGCCGGGGUCUAUGAUAUUUGGAUCACAUGCUGGCCGGCGCGAGAAAGGUUUGCGUACCGAGGUCGAUUCCAGGAGCGGCCGCAGCAACAACAUGUUCUGCCACUCCCCCGAGAGUUGGCGAUCGCUGUGGGAUGGGGAAAUAUUUCCUAAGGGCACUGUUCGUGUUGAUGCUGUCUUGCAUGAACGUGAACGUGCAGAUAUCCUCGACCCGGGCGUCAAAUUGUACCUCCUCAUUUGGUGCAUAACAGUUUUGUAG